AUGAUCAAGAAGAUGACCAACGCUGUGGCGGAAUGGAACAAGCAAAACCCCGCGAGCUCGCAAAUCGCAAUUUACGACCGAAUCGUCGAAGUAAACGGCUUGCGUGCCUCUGGCAAAGAGUUGGCAAAAGCUCUGGAAAACACCACCGAAGAUCAGGUGACCUUGCUGCUUCAGCGACCCCAUACACGAACAUUGACGCUGAAGCGACCUGGGAAGUUGGGUAUCAUUGCAAACUACAUGCCCAACUACUCGCUCAAGCCAUGGAUUGAUACCAUUGCGGAGGGCCUUGUGCAUGAAUGGAAUAAGGCCCAUACUGACGCCUCAAUCCGGGAGCAUGAUCGAAUAUUGUCCGUCAACGGUGUGUCCAAUCCACCAGAGGAUGUGGUGCACCAAAUGCGGAAGCCUGAUUCAGACCUUGAGAUAGUUUGCCUGCACUACCCAAACUUUUGA